UUCCAGCGCACCGGAAGACAGGGUUUAGUGGAAGCACAGCCACAGAGAUCCGACUGCUGCUAACACAGAAAAAUGACGCAUUAGUUUUGAAAGCCAAACUUCAACAUGGAUUACGAGUUUAAGAAGAGAACUGAAUUGAACAGAGAGAAAGUUGAGGACCAGUUUGAAUAUGAAGGCUGUAAAGUUGGACGAGGUACAUAUGGUCAUGUGUACAAAGCCAGACGGAAGGACGGGAAUGAUAAGAAGGAGUACGCUCUGAAGCAGAUAGAAGGUGCAGGCCUAUCUAUGUCCGCCUGUAGAGAGAUAGCAUUAUUAAGAGAAUUGAAACAUCCGAAUGUGAUAAACUUACAACGAGUAUUCCUAUCACAUCAAGACAGAAAAGUUUGGCUGUUGUUUGACUACAGUGAGCACGAUCUAUGGCAUAUUAUCAAAUAUCAUAGAGCAGCGAAAGCAAAUAAGAAGCAGUUCAAUGUCGUUAAGGGAAUGGUUAAAAGUUUACUCUACCAGAUUCUUGAUGGAAUCCAUUAUCUUCACUCUAAUUGGGUGCUACACAGAGACCUGAAGCCUGCCAAUAUACUUGUGAUGGGGGAAGGACCAGAGAGAGGCCGAGUAAAGAUUGCAGAUAUGGGGUUUGCUCGACUCUUCAAUUCACCUCUCAAACCUCUGGCUGAUCUAGAUCCUGUCGUUGUUACCUUCUGGUACAGAGCUCCUGAACUACUCCUGGGGGCCAGACAUUAUACUAAGGCUAUUGAUAUCUGGGCUAUUGGCUGUAUAUUUGCUGAGCUACUGACAAGUGAACCUAUAUUCCACUGUAGACAGGAGGAUAUAAAAACUAGUAAUCCCUACCAUCAUGAUCAACUUGACAGGAUAUUUAAUGUGAUGGGAUUCCCCCUGGAUAAGGAUUGGGAGGAUAUGAGGAAAAUGCCAGAACAUCCGACUUUAGUAAAGGACUUCAAGCGUUCAAAUUACCAGACUUGUUCCCUAGCUAAAUAUAUGGAUCGACAUAGGAUUAAACCAGACUCAAAGCCGUUUCAGUUGUUGGCUAAACUGUUGAUAAUGGACCCUGUAAAGCGGAUAACUAGUGAGUCUGCCAUGAACGAUGAUUACUUCAAGGAGGACCCACCCCCGUCUUCAGAUGUUUUUGGAAGCUACCCUAUCCCGUAUCCUAAACGAGAGUUCCUGUCUGACGAUGAUUCUGAGGAUAAAGCUGAGAGCAGGGCUCGGGAGAGGAAUAAUGCCAGAGAAAGGAACUCAGGUACCUCUCGGAACCAAGGUCAGGAGAUGGGUGGAGACGGAGGGCAGCCUCCAGCUAAGAGGGUUAGGAUGGGUGGUAACAAUGGAGUUGGAGUUCCAGUAACCUAUCAUCAUCAAGUUCAGCAACAACAACAGCAACAACAGCAGCAACAACAACAACAACAGCAACAGCAACAACAGCAGCAGCAGCAACAGCAGCAGCAACAGCAACAUCAGCAGCAUCAUUCCCAUCAGCAACAGCAUCAUCAGCAGAUGGUUUAUAAUAAUCAACAGCAAAACAGUGGCAACAACUACAACCAGAGAUAUAACUAGAAUGGGAAUUCGAAUCCUGAAAUACAGAUGGGAUACCAGGCCAGAUCUGCAGUUGAGAUUAUGGCGGGGCAGAGACACCCUUCCCACCUCAUCCCACCUAGACACCCGCAGAUACCAAGAUACUGAUUUUAGUCACGUGACAGAAUUCCAUGGGCGUAUACAGGAUCGGCAGACAAAUUUCUUUUUCGUCCCUGAUACUAAAUAUAUUUUGUAACUAAUUCAAAAAACAUUGAUGAAAGACGAAUGAAAUUACCCACUUUAAAUACAGAUAAUUAAUUCUCUU